AUGUCGAAAUAUAAGGGUUUGAAGAUGAAGGAACUGAGUACGAUCGCUGAGUUCGCAGAAAAGAUUUCAGGGAUUGGUUCUAGAUCUGCUUCUCUUGGAACGGUGAUUGAAGAAGAGAAACUGGUUAAAGGUUUCUACAUGGUUUUCCGAAAAGUUGGAUUUGAUGAUUUGGUGGGUCUUCUUAUAGCCUAUGAGGAACGCGUCAACCUUGAAGAUAAGGAGCAACCGGACGAAGACGAGGAAAACAAUCUUAUUCAAAGGGUUGAACCGGUUCUUUACUUGCAAACACACGUUGAAGAAGCUAAUGAUGUGUUUCUAGACAAGGAAAGGAUCAUUCCAAGGGUAUAUACUUCGAGCCUAAGUGAACUCAAUACAUGGUUUCUUGACAAUGGGGCGAGUAACCACAUGACAGGUAAAAAGGAGUGGUUCACUCACCUCGAUCACAACAUCAAAGGAAAAGUGAAGUUUGGAGACGGGUCAUGCGUAGAGAUUAAAGGACGGGGUAUGGUCGUCUUGGAAGGAAAAUCUGGGGAACAAAGGGUGUUACGCGUUGUUUAUUAUAUUCCCGCACUUGAAAGUAAUAUAAUAAGCAUUGGUCAAUUGGACAAGAUAGGGUACAAGAUCGCAAUCCAAGACGGUAUACUUUGGAUGUUUGAGCAACACUGA